AUGUCUGGUCUUGAUAUUGCCGGUCUAGUAUUCAGCAUCCUGGGCAUUGCGGAGACAGGUGCCCAGCUAUCACAGAAAUUGUGUAACGUCUACCGCCGAGUCAAAAAUGCCAACCGAAGCAUAGACAGUCUCUCUAGCGAUGUGGGCCUGACUUGCAACGUUUUGCGCCAGCUGGGUGACAAUCUGAGCCACGACGAGCACGCGAAAUUGUACUCAGCGCAAGCCUUGAGCACCGCUCAGGACAUCCUUCGCGAAUGUAAGGUGGUCUUCGAAAAGAUAAACAAGGCUCUGAAUGAGUCAAAUACAAGUUCCGCGAGAAAUGUGUUCCAACGAGUGAGGAAGGGAGUGGGAUUUGUGAUGGUUGAGGAGGAGCUGCAUGUCCUCGGAAGCAAUCUUGAACGACUAAAAUCGACCAUGCUGUUGCUUCUAAAUGUGAUAAUGUACGCUGGCCAAGUAAGAAGUCGAGCCGAUUUGAGCACACUGGAGGAGCAACGCUCUCUCAUACAGAAGCUUGUCGAGGAGAAGAAACAAAAUGACCAGAGAUUUGAGAACCUCAGCCAGGCUCUGGGCGCUUGCAUUGUUACAAACUUUAUGACGAUUAACGGUUCAAGGUCAGAAGACACCCUGUCGGCAGAGCUGCGCGCAUACAAUCGCCUACUGGGAUUGAUCCUUUCUGAGAUCGACACGUAUCAAUCUACGCUCGAGCAGACUCGAUAUCAAAGAGUUCGAAACGGUAUUUUGGAUAUACACUCGAAGGAGAUCUCCCACAUCAGAGUCAGCCAUGGUGAUAUGGCUGCGGAUGCACUCAACGACCGAGUUGCUAAACGAGUUGAGCCUUCUUGCACCCAUCUGCCUCGACUGCCAAAGCCCAGGAGAGGCGACACUGCCCCGAUAAGUCCACGUGCAAGUCAGCAUACACAUGCAGCAACAUGUAUGUCGAGUGUCCGCUAA